UGCGUAACAGCAAAGAGGAGCUCGCGCGUCCCUGAGCCGGCUGGGAGACUCGCUCGAGCGUCAAACAGAAUUACAGUGGCAAUGCUGAAGCACACAUAAAAGAAGAUGAUCCGGAUCGCUGCUCUCAACGCAGCCUCCGAGACUGCAGACGAGCAUGAGGAUCCCUUUAGAAGUGCAAAACCGAGCCGGACUAAAGAGGCCCUGGAAGCCGAGGCGUUUGCGUUGUAUCACAGAGCUCUCGAUCUGCAGAAGCAUGACAAGUUCGAGGAGUCGGCAAAAGCCUAUCACGAGCUCCUCAAGACGCCGCUGCUUAAGGAGGUACGCACGUGUGUACCGCGAUUUUUAAAUCGCACUUUGCGUCUAACGGCUGUAACAAUUGAUUCGGUUUUUCCUUUAUUUCAGGCAGUGGCUUCUGAAGAUGAGAAGGUUGGGCUGAAGCACCCGGGGCUUAUGCUGAAAUAUUCCACUUAUAAAAACCUGGCUAGCCUCGCAGUUCUCAAGGAAGACCUGGAUACAGCGACAAACUUUUAUGUGGAGGCUGUCAUGCUGGACUCCACUGAUGUGAACAUGUGGUAUAAGCUGGGUCAGGUGGCUCUGAGGAGAGUGAGCAUCCCACUGGCUCGUCAUGCCUUUGAGGUGGGACUGAACUGUAACCCUGACCACUGGCCGUGCCUCGACAGCCUCAUCACUGUCCUGUACACUCUAAGUGACUACAGUUGUUGCCUGUACUAUAUUUGCAAGGCCCUGAAGAAGGAUAUAGGCUACAAUAAAGGCUGGGUGCUGAAAGAAAAGAUUUUUGAAGAGCAGCCCUGCCUUAGACGAGACUCUAUGAAGCUGUUCUCCAAACUCGAUAUGACCAUGCAGUACGGUCACACGGAUGAGGAGGAAGCUCACAGUAUUAUAGAGGAGGCUUUAGAGCUGAGGAGACAAAGACAGGCGAAACUGGCACAACCUCCCGUGCAAGACCUUCAGUUGGUGGAGCCCAUCAAACGCUUCACUUGGAAGAACGUUGGUGAGAGCCUCCUAACCAUGUAUAAACACCAGAACGAGUGCCUAGUUCCAAGACCCGACUACGGUCGUCGGAUUGAUCUUACCAUGUACCGUGAUCCCGACUGCAUCCUCCAGACACCUUCAGAUGCCCCCCCGCCAGUUCAGACAGCACCAGCCACAGAGUCUCCCCAGUCCUCCACCUCUGCUUCAGCACCAGAGACUGUUCCUCCACCUCCGGCAGACUCCAGCAGCCCCAGUGCCAGCCAGUCCAUGCCUCCUGAGUGCCCCCUGCAGCCACAUGCUCAAAGCAGCAGCAACACAGGACAGAUACAAGUGAGCCAGAGCCCAAUAGAGGUUGGCACUGCUGCUACAACCACUACUGCUGUGACCACUACUGCUACAACCACUACUGCUGUCGCUGUUUUUUUUAAUGGUACUAGUACUACUAGUACUGCUGUUGUUGCAUCUUCUGCUAAUACUGCUGCACCCCCUGGUGUUCUCGACUCUCAUCUGAACGAUAAAGCGAAAAAGGUCACUAAGAGGAAGAGAACGAUCGAGGACUGCGGAGAGACGGCCAAGAGGAGAUCCGCACGUGUUCGCAACACCAAAAGCAAAAAGGAAGAAAAGAUCGACUUCCAAGAACUGCUACUUAAAUUACUACCACAACGGCUGAGAAAGUUUGACAUGGAUGAGGAUGAGGAAAGCCUUUGUAACAUGGACCGGCAGUGUGAGGCAAAACCCAGCUCCAAGCUUAACCCUGGCACGGGGUCGAACCUCUCUGACUACAUCAGUUCAGCAGAGAAAGAGCAUGAGGAGGUGCACUCCUUCCUGCUAGCUAACAUGGAGAACGGUGGCAUCCUGGAACUCCUUAUGCGCUAUUUGAAGGCAAUAGGACAGAAGUUUCUGGAAGAGUGGCCCCCUGGACUAAGCGGAGUGGUGAUGGAGAUCUACAACUGCUGGAGGCGACACAGUGCAGGUCUUCCCAAUCCACUGCUCCGAGACUCCAACAACCAGCAUAUAAAGGAGAUGAUGAUCAUGAGUUUGUCUUGUAUGGAAAUGCAGUUGGAGAUUUGGGCCCUCACUAAGGGAAAGAACACUUCUCAGAGGAAGACUGUGUCCGGGCACGGGGGUGAUUACGGCAUGCAUGACAGCCAGGAGAGCUGCUUCCUGACUGAUCUGUACAUGCUGAUUAUGGCCUCUUCUCAGACAGACAUUUUCGAGCGAGACUGGCUGUUCUUUGCUCUCAGAGUGCACUGGCUCAAGGGUCGGCACCUCGCUUUCCAGGGUGACAUGGAAGAGGCACUGGAGCGCUAUGAUGUGUGCAUUGGACUACUAAAGAGCCAGCUUCACACCGGGGAAGGAGACAAAUUCUCCAUCCACAUGCCUAACCUUUGUGUGGAUUCAGUCAUUUCUUUAGAGGAGAUUGAGAAGAAGCUGAAGUCCUUAGAGAGGUGCCAGUCACUGGAGGAGAUUCAGAGGCUGUUUGAAACCGGUGACUACCAGUCCGUGGUGCGAUUACUCCAACCCACACUGAACUACGGGUCCAGUUUAGCACGGCCAAAGUCAUUGGAGUAUAUCAGCUCUGCUCCUGAGAGACCAGCACAGCUGCUACUGCUUCAGAGCUCUCUGCUCCGCCUGAAGGAUUAUGCUCAGUGUCUGGAGAGCACUGAAGUGGCACUGAACGAGGCCAUGCAGCACAUAAACGCCAUGUUACCCAGCAGUCCCUCUGCUAAGGAGGAGUGGGUAGCCACAGUGACGGCAAUGUUGCGAGGAAUCGAACAAUGCAUCACGGAACAGCCACGCCUUCUCACCAGCAUACCACUGACCACCCACCUGCCUCGCCUUGCCAACAACCUCAUACAGCUAAUAGCCUGCAGUAUGGUGUUGCCUGAUGACCCUAAGGAGCCUCACUUCUCCUCCAUGCUGCCGUGGAUGCUGCUCUACCACCUGCUCAAGCCGGACGAGGCCGAGCUGAACUGCACACUCCGCCAGCACCAAGCUGAUGAUGAGGAUGAUGAUGACAACAAUCCACUGUUUCCUGCGUCGCUGAUGUUGUUAAACACAGCACACGAGUACCUGGGCCGCCGGUCCUGGUGCUGCAACUCAGACGGCGCUCUGCUCAAGUUCUUUGUGCGUGUACUGCAGGAGAAGCUAGCCGAACCCAGUGUUCUGCCUUAUAAGGAGGACCUGGAGACGGCACUGGAACAGUGCUUCUACUGCCUGUACUCGUACCCAAGCAAGAAGAGCAAAGCGCGUUACCUGGAGGAGCACGCUGCACCACAGGUGGAGCUGCAGUGGAGCGACGCUUUCUUCAUGUUCGAGUACUUCAAACCCAAGACCCUGCCAGAGUUUGACAGUUAUAAGACAAGCACAGUGUCCGCGGAUCUGGCCAACCUGCUGAGGAGGCUUUCCGGAAUCAUCCCUUGCGCCGAUGCGCCAACGCUCUCUAUCGACGAUGUGUCGGCCUACAUAGAAGGAGGCACACUCAAGGCACCAUCACUCCCAGAAGGGACCCCCCCAGCACCCCCUCUGGUCAACGAGUUGUACUACCUUUUGGCAGACUACCACUUUAAAAACAAAGAGCAGGCCAAAGCCAUUAAAUUUUACAUGCAUGACAUUUGUGUGUGCCCCAACAGGUUUGACUCCUGGGCUGGGAUGGCUUUGGCCAGGGCCACUCGCAUCCAGGACAAGCUGAAUUCAAACGAGCUAAAGAGCGACGGGCCUGUGUGGAAGCACUCGCUCGCUGUGCUGACGUGUUUUAAGCGGGCGCUGGAGAUCGACAGCUCCAAUCUGAGCCUGUGGAUCGAGUACGGCGCCAUGUCCUACGCCCUGCACUCCUUUGCCUCCAGGCAGCUAAAGCAGUGGAGGAACGAGAUGCCGCCAGAUCUCACCAAAUCGAUGGAGGAACGUAAGGAUUCGAUGCUGGAGACGGCAUAUAAGUGCUUCCAGAGUGCGUCCAAAUGUGGAGGAGACUGUAAUGAGGAAGAGUGGCUGAUACACUACAUGCUGGGCAAGAUUUCAGAGAAACGCAAGUUACCACAGAAAGACUAUUUAAAGCUGUACAAACAGUCUGCUUAUUUUCUCCAUGAGGAAGCUGCCCGGUAUCCCCGAAAAAUCCACUACCACAACCCACCUGAUCUGGCAAUGGAGGCGCUAGAACUGUUCUUCCGUACGGCUGCCACCAUUCUGAAGCUGUUAGAGGAUGAGGAUGGCAACGAAGAAUCUGAGCAGAAGGACCAUCUGGACUACGAUCUUUUCUUUAACAUGCUCACUGAAGCAGCGGUCGGCCCUUUCGCACGCGGAGAGGAGAAGAGCAUGCCAAAAGCAAGCGACAAGGGAAAACCCCCUUCUCUGAACGAGGAAGACUCGCACUCAUCCCCAGCGGUGACUCCGUCGACAUCGGCUAACUCGACAGCGGCAGCCGUAACCAUGGCGACAGCAUUGCCCAACGACGGUGCGGCAGGUGUGACUUCCCCCCCAUGCGUGGUCACUCCACUCGACCACGAUUACGCCAAACGUAAAAAGCUGCAGCAGAGGCAGGGGCAGCCGCAGGACGCCUUGUACAGGAAUAAAACACGUCAGAUCUCACACCUCCCCUCAGCAAACUUCCCUCACGACCACGAUUACUGCAGGUCUGGGUGUGCACCUUCUUUGCGAGCGGGACCUGCGUAUGAGCAGAGUCAGGACAGCGUGGCGGUGUUAUCAGACUCCAGCUCCCUGCUGGACGUGUUCCUGGACCCCACCAGCUCACAGGACAGCACCCAUAAGCUGGAUUCUGAGAAAUCUGAAGAUACAAUAACUCAAAUGAAAGACAAAGCAGCUGAAGUGGAAGAACCAGCCUUGUACAGGAAUAAAACACGUCAGAUCUCACACCUCCCCUCAGCAAACUUCCCUCACGACCACGAUUACUGCAGGUCUGGGUGUGCACCUUCUUUGCGAGCGGGACCUGCGUAUGAGGAGAAGAACAUGGACGUCACUUCCACCACACUCUCCCAAGAGUCCUCGGACACCACUCUGUCCAUCAUGUCUCCCGAGAUGUCCGGCCCCAAAUUCCCGGCCCCAGAUACACCCACUCAGGCAUCGAUCGCCCUGCUACGCGCUGCCCCUCGCCGGCCCGAGCCACCCGCACCACCCGAGCUGCUGGAGGUGCCCCGGUGUCUACCGACAGGCCGGGUGGAGCAGAGGAAAAUGCUGGUGGAGAUGUGUGUCAGAGCUCUGUUUCUCUGCCUCAAUCGCUUCCCUCAGCAUUAUAAGAGUCUGUAUAGGCUCGCACACCUGUAUACUUACAGCAAGACGCACAAGAAUCUGCAAUGGGCAAGGGAUGUGUUGCUAGGGAGCAGUGUCCCAUGGCAACAGCUGAAGCACAUGCCUGCACAAGGACUUUUUUGCGAGAGAAACAAAACCAAUCUGUUCAAUGGUUGCAAAAUUCCAGGAAUUUUCAAGACUGGAAACUUCCCAUGGAAGUUAAUGGAAAUAAACCGGAAAUUUACAAAAUUGCAGGGCAUCUGGCGUAUUCCUGUAGAUGAAAUCGAUCGCCCGGGUAGUUUCGCCUCUCAUAUGAACCGAUCCAUCGUGCUGUUGCUGGACGUUCUGUCUCAGUUAAGAGAUCACGACACGCUGCUGAAGAUUUCCCUCAUGCUCCAGAGAACCCCUGAUCAGGGAAAGAAAUUUUUGCGCGAUGUGGAUCGGCAGGUCUCGGCUAAGCGCGCCUUUUUCUUCACUGUGAAAGUGCUGGAGGACAAUCUGGAUAAACUCACCGCGGUGUCUGAUCCUUCUAAGACUUUGACUUCCUCCAUGGGUGAAAUGACCACAGCAGACGUGUCCAGCCGACCUCCUGCAACAGAGGACGCAAAAUCUUCUCACCCCGUCAAACCAUGCCUUCCGGACUCGUCUUCGGCGCCAGGCGUCGAUCUCGCAACCUCGAGCCCAUGCCAGCCUCUGGCUCCUCUCUCUCAACCAGCUCUAGAACCAGGAAACCAGACCCAAGGCACAUCAGCAGCUUCUCAGCCCACAGAGGUUCACUCCACCCUGGUGGAGCCUAUGGAGCUCGAACCUGGCGCGUGGACAAAACCGGGGCACUUACCAUCAACCACUGAUAGCGUUUCCCAUGAGCAGGGAACCGCCAGAUCUGCAUCAGAGGGCACAGAGAGGCGCCUGGAAAGCGCUCGGGCUCCGGAGCUGUCACUAGAGGAGCUGAGCAUCAGUUCCAAACAGCAGCUGAUGCAGGUCCAAGCAAGCAGAGGAACACACGCCAUGACCACAGCGCGGCCAAACAGGAAGAGGAAGCUGAUUGAGGACGUCGAGUCGGGCAAGACGCUCUUACUCGAUGCGUACAGGGUGUGGCAGCAGGGGCAAAAGGUCAUGACUUAUGACCUGGGGCGCAUUGAGAAGAUCAUGUCAGAGACAUACAUGCUAAUCAAACAGGUGGAUGAGGACGUGGCAUUGGACCAGGCCGUGAAGUUUUGCCAGAUUCAGAUGGCAACAUCAGCACAAAGACAGAAUUCUGGUGACACACCCAUCACCCCUAAGUUCAAUAAAGAGCCCAAAGACUUCUUCUUCCCUGCUUCUGUCUCCACUCCAUGCCUCCACACGCACACGCAGCCUCUGCCUUCCCAUGAGCAUGAGACCAAACUGAGCAAGACUCCACGGUCUCUUCACACACACUCGCACUCCCACACACCCAGCACACCGACGCAGAUGUACUGCCCUCCCCCGGGCCAGCAGGACCAAUCGCAGCCUCAGAUGAUACCCGGUCAGUCAGUAGCAGGCAUGGCGUUCUUACCCAGCACAGACAGAGAAGCUUCUGCGACAGAGGGUCUGGCAUAUAGACAGCAGGAGUCUCAUUUGUGUCAGCAGAUGAAGAUGGCCACAGUUUCUCAGAGUCACAACACACAGGAGUGGAGCAGCCAAGAAGGAGCUACCUGCUCAACACACACAGAUACGGAAAGCGCUGAUCAGUCGAAGCACGGCGAUUCGAGUCGGAUCCGCUCGCGAAUUCCUCACAACAUGCCCAAGCUGCACAUCCCCUCCACAGCCACCAAAUUCCCCCCGGAGAUCACGGUCACACCCCCGACUCCCACACUGCUCUCUCCUAAAGGCAGCAUCUCCGAGGAGACCAAGCAGAGACUCAAAAACGUGAUUCUGGCGUCUCAGUCGGCAGCUAACGUGAAGAAGGACACUCUGACUCAGCCGGCGCUGGAGGUACAGGAGACGUCCAGCCAAGAGUCGUCCCUGGACAGCGAGACGGACGAGGAGGACGACUACAUGGACAUUUGAAUUUGAACCAUUUUCUCUCGUGCACGCUUGUUUCCUUUUCUAAUCUUCCUCUUGUUUAUUAGCUCUCGAUCUCGACUCGCUGAAACGUCCGUGCUGCAGCGGUAUGCACGUUCUUUAAACAAAAGGGCUUUAUUUCCUCGACGCUCAAUGAUGUCCUCUCGCUCCACAUGCACUUUUUUUUUUUUUUUAGGGGGGUUCCCCUCGCUUUUUGUGUUCAUUUUUUUUUCUUUUCAACAAUGCUGAAACGUUUCACUGAUCAACGAUCUGUGCAGCUUCCACAUCGGAGGCUUUAACAGGGGUCCUAUGCACACAAGUCAGUUUAAUGCAAGGCUUUUAUAAUUACAGCCACGGGGGCAUUCGAUCAGAAAGCGAUUCCCCUUUUUGCUUUUUUUUUUUUUUUUUUUCUUCUUCUUCUUUACAUUUUAAAUGAAAUGAGUUUACAUCUCGAAUAAGGUGCUUAAACUCAUGACAUAUCCACAUGGAUAUUUGCCCCGAAACUGUCAGCAUGCAAGCACUAAAAUGUUGCCGGAUUUAUGUGCACAUAUUCUGUGUCUGUGCAUAUGUGUGUGUGUGUGCGUGUGUGUGUGUGCAUGCUUGGGGUAGACAUUGCGACCUCUUGCUUUGAGCAUGGCUGCCUUGCUUGUGUGACGUGUCCAGUCCAACAGCAGCAGGAGUUUACAGUUUUCCUGUAGCCAAACCACUCAAAAAAGAAAAAAAAAUCUACUCUUUUUUUUUUUUUUUUUUUUUUUUUAAACCAAAGUUUACUUACCUUGUAACUGAUGGAUCUGAUUAUGUUUAUCUUUGUGUAGAAUGUUUGAAGCGAGACACUUUGACCUCUGAUAGUCCUAUUAUGAAGCCCCAAUUUUCAUAAUUGGACUAUUUUUCUUUUUGGAAUCAUGACAUUUUAAAAUGCUUUUUUUUGUUUGGGUUUUUUUUUUUUUAUCUCUUGUAUUGACUGUACACACGUUUGUGUUUUGUGGAAUCGUGUCUUGUCGAAUCCUUUGUAAUUCCGUUUUGAAUUUUGUAUCGAAUCGUAGCUGGGUGUGAGCGUUUAAACCACCAGCAUCGUGCCGCAGAGGCGUGUGUGUGUGUGUGUGUGUGUGUGUGUGUGUGCAUGUGUGUGUGUUCUAUGUACUUACGUAACCUAAUUCAGCAGAGGUAACCCGGUUUUUAACCCGUUCGUUUUAAAGCAAUGCACCUUCUCAUAAACUGUCAGUCAUACCAACUUCAAGAUCUUCUCAUCAAUAGUGGAUUAUAUAUUUUUCUUUUUUUAAAUGAGAUUUUCAUUUCUGGAGCGAUCGCUUUAGCCGAUGCGUCAGUCUCCGAGCUGUAGAGCAUUAUGUGCAUGAAUAAAGAGUUAAAUGUAUAUUUUUGGAAAAAGAAAAAAAAAAAAAAAAUGAAAGCACAAGAUGUGCUUUACCUUCCCCUGCACAGGACUUCUGGAGAUAAUGUGAAGCUCUUUCCUAAACAGCUAGAAUGGUUUUGUUUCUGUUUUCAGACAGUACUUUUUCUACAAAUGGAUGGAUUCAUUCCCUCCUGUAUUUUUCUGCUAUUGAAUAACAAUUAUAGUUUAAAAAAAUAGUUUUUUGCAAAAAUAAGAAAAAAGGCUUCUCAAGAGGAAAAAAAAUGGACGAGACGUGUACAUGUACGUCAGACCAAAACUACUUGUAAAUAGAUAAAGCUCUUUGUAUAUUUCUUUACAUUGUAAAAGCAUGAAAGUGUUUUUUUUGUUUUUUUGUUUUUUGUAUGGCUCUGCUUGAGCUUGUACGGAGAAUGUAACUUGGUGAAGGACGGAUGGUACGAGCACUGAGCUUGUGCUCUCUGUGCUCACACGUGUUCUCCUGAGGGUUGAUAUUUCUCUCAGUUUUUGACUUGCUGCAUUAAAAAAACUCAAAACCAAAAAUAACACUCGAUGACACUUUUA